UUCAAUGGCAGCUUUGUGCACACGGAACCGUCGUGCCACAUGUGUUGACCACGGACGCGUUUUGAUGUUACAUCUCAGACGCUUCCUCUCAAACAAGCGAACUCAUUCAAGUGUUUGUGAUUGGAGGUCCUGAGUAAAACGUGUAAAGAUGUUUUUGACAAGAUCGGAAUAUGACAGAGGUGUGAACACAUUUUCUCCUGAAGGGCGAUUGUUCCAGGUUGAAUAUGCCAUAGAGGCCAUCAAAUUGGGCUCCACAGCCAUCGGUAUCCAGACAUCAGAGGGGGUUUGUCUGGCUGUGGAGAAGAGGAUCACUUCCCCGCUGAUGGAGCCGAACAGCAUUGAAAAGAUUGUAGAGAUCGACACUCACAUUGGCUGUGCCAUGAGUGGCUUGAUCGCUGAUGCCAAGACUCUAAUUGACAAGGCAAGAGUGGAAACUCAGAACCACUGGUUCACGUACAACGAGACAAUGACCGUGGAGAGUGUGACUCAGGCUGUGUCCAACCUGGCGUUGCAGUUUGGAGAGGAGGACGCCGAUCCUGGUGCCAUGAGUCGACCAUUCGGUGUAGCACUUCUAUUUGGGGGAGUGGAUGAAAAAGGCCCCCAGCUGUACCACAUGGACCCAUCAGGAACGUUUGUGCAGUGUGAUGCUCGGGCCAUCGGCUCAGCUUCUGAGGGAGCACAGAGCUCUCUGCAAGAAGUCUACCACAAGUCUAUGACAUUAAAAGACGCCAUCAAGUCGUCUCUCACCAUUCUGAAGCAGGUGAUGGAGGAGAAGCUAAAUGCCACCAACAUCGAGCUUGCAACGGUAGAGCCCGGGAAGACCUUCCACAUGUAUUCCAAAGAGGAGCUGGAGGAUGUAAUCAAGGAUAUCUAAAGCAGAAAAGACCUGAGAGUUCUGGGCAGGAGAGGAGAGGACAUGGGAAAACACCUGGGUUCAAUAUCACAAUACAACCACAUCUUUUCAUCAGAUCAGCACAUUAAUACCUGCUGCAUUCAGAUUUUUGUUUGAUUGCAUAAGAGGUUUCUAUUUUUAAUGUGCUAAUUUGCUUCUUUACUCAUAUCUGUACAACUAAACUACAGUUGUGCAGGAGUCUGACCAAUGCUUAAGACUGAGUCGGAGGAAAACAGUGUAAGGGAGGGAAGGUUUUUUUUUUGUUAUGAAUCAAUACUAUUAAAUUGUUGUAUUCAGAAA